AUGCCAGCUCAAGUCGAGGUUCCACCAACCACUUAUCAACGCCUCAAGGCUUAUCAGGUAAUUUUUCGGGAAAUCGAGGGAAACGAGACUUCAACGUUUUUUUCUUAUUUUUGUCUGAAAUUGUCUGUAAAUAUUCAUGGAAAUCACGGAGAAAUAUUAGUAUUAUCUUAUCAUUUGAUCCUUAGAUCAUUUUCGAACUUAUCAACAAUUUUUCCUGAAAAUUAUCAGAUUUUUAAAAAUUGUUCUGAUUUUCAGAAGAAAAAUUAUUGAUUAUCUCGAACUAUAUUUUCAUGGAUAAUUUUGGUAUAGACAUGAUAGUUUUAACUAAAGUAAAAAAUUAUGUUAAAAUGUGAUAAUUUCAAAAAUAAAAUCGAAAGUUGAGCAUUUUCAAAAAAUCGAUAAAUACGUGACUUUCGAAUGUUUUUGAAAAUUUGAUAGCUUUCUGACGGAAAUUCAUUUGAAAAACCCAUGCCAAGAAAAUAUAAUUAAAAAAAUAAAAGUAAAUUUUCCAGGAGAAAUUCUCCGACGCUCUCCGUCACCCAGAUUCGCCAGACUGGUACAAGAAGGAAGUUCACGAGAAAGUGAAGAAGGAUCUUCUCUGGGCCGCCCCAUAUGACGCUCGCUUCCCACAAGUCCGUAAGCAACGUCAAUGCUUCGCCUACUACGUCGAUUUCCAUCGUUGCAACGAAUUGAUGGGACAAGACUACAAACCAUGUCAAUUCUUCCAAAACGUUUACAAGGACUUCUGCCCAGGAUUCUGGACCGAGAGAUGGGACGAGCUUCUCGCCGACGGACGUUUCCCAGCCAAAUUCGAUCGCUAA